AUAAAUACGGCUGAUAUCGCACAAGGAUACUUCUCACUAUUACUUCUUUUUAUUGUUUUGAUGAAUACUUUUCUAUAUUGUGGAGCAGGAGAGCUUGUAGCAGAACAAUGCAAUGCAGUAUAUCGUGCAAUAUGCGAUCUAGAGUGGUACGAGUUAGAAUCAAGUAAGGCAAGAAAUCUUAUUUUGUUAAUGGUGCGAGCUAAAUAUCCUUUUUAUAUCACUGCAGGAAAUAUUUUUCCACUAACAAUGACUACUUUUUGCAGCAUAUUAAAAUCAUCGAUUGGCUAUAUAUCAUUCCUAUUGACAAAACAUGAUUGAAGAUGAUAUAUUAACAUUCAACAUGCUGUAUG